CGAAAACAUUCCCCUGACCGACAUAGCAACGAUGAACAUGGCGGACAUAUAAAGACGCUUUGCACGUUCUGUAUUUGUGUUUUCAUUCAACAUAUACGAAAUGGCUUCUGCAAGCUCAAGGGAGGCGAGAGAAAAGUACGAAUUAAAACAGAGAGCAGUGAAAUUCUACGAUAAAAAUGGUGUACCCAGAAAGAUGGAAGAAGUGCUGAAUUCGAUGUUUUAUGACAAUCCGGAUGAUGUAUACGGACAUUUGGCAAACUAUUUUGCAGAAUUUGCAAAAACUCCACUCAUAUCACAGGUUUCAGCAAGACAUGGACUGGAUAGCAAAGGACAGACAACGGUUCAAGCAGAUGUUUACUGUGCAGUAAGAAAUCACAAAAAGCUAUCAGCAGCAGUUGUGGGUUCAUCUACAAAUAGCUCAUUACCAGAGAAUACUAAACCCGAAGAUCGAGAGGAGGAGGACAAAUGCAGAGAAGCCUGUGUAGAGGCAGCCAUUGAUCUUCUAAAUGGAGACAUCAACAACAGAUUGGAAGGAGUGGAUCCAGCUCUACAGUCAGAUGUGGACAACCUAUUAAAGGCACUUUAUGCUGAAUUGAGGGCUGAGGAGGAUGAGAGAUUAGCGAAGGAGGCAGCAGAACUAGCGGCCUCAGGGGGCGACGGAGGAAGUCCUGUCAAGGAGGAGGAUGCCAGUGUUAGUGGCAAGAAAGGAGGCAAAUCAUCAGCAAAGAAUAACCGUGUUACCAAUAAGAAGAAAGGAAAAAGUGCACCAGUGGUAGUGAUACCAGACGAACCUAAAGAGAAACUGCUUCCCGCCGCAGGGUCUGUGUGCGUGGCGAGUCGAGCAACAUGUACAGCAGCCGCUGCAGUGAGGGAUGUCCCUCUGUAUCAGCAUAUUGCUGCCCUCAGGUUCGGGGAGAUUCCCAAGGACAUGAGAGUUCCAAUUCCGAUGGUAACAAUUAUUCAAAGUGGCCGGUCAGCUCCAGGAAAACUAAAUUGUGUCAAAGAGUUCAUGGUGCUCCCAAAACCUGGAAUGCCAAUCUCUGAAAGUCUGAGGCACUGCCAGAAAAUCUACAGUUUUGUAACCAAAAGUUUUGUGAACAAAAGUGGGGUAGCUGCUCAAUAUGGCAAUGACAUUGGAGCUCUGUGUCCUUCCUAUGACAAACCAGAACAAGGGCUAGAUAUUCUGCAGGAUGCUAUCACUAGCCUAGACCUCACACCCGGCGAGGAUUUCUUCAUAGCUCUCAAUCUGGCCGGCAAAGAAAUAUUUGACUACGACCCGUCUAGUGUACCAGCCAAAACGAAUUUCUGGCAGGGUAUGCACAAGGAGAAGGGGAAAUACGAGGUGAUGGGGGGACAACAGAAGGUUCCAGAGGACCUGGUAGAAUUCUGGGCGGAGCUUCUAGGUCGCUAUCCAUCAGUCAUCGCUGUCAUUGACCCCAUGAGGAAACAGGAGAAGGAGCACUGGAUGAGGUUGUGUGACAGAAUCAGUGAUCGUUGUUAUGUGAUGGGUAACCACACCUACCCCCGCACUGCACUGCUGCUGGAGGAGGAACUCACGGAGGAGUUCAAAACUAGUGGAGUUGUCCUCAAGCUUGACCAGCUGAACACUGUAUCUGAUAUCAUUGAUUGUGCCAAGAAGAUGGAAGAUGCUGAAAAUCAAAUUGUGUUGACAACAUGUUAUGGAGAAACAACAGACACAUUCCUAGCAGACAUGGCAGUUGGAAUGAAUGCCAGAUUCUUCAAAAUUGGAGCUCCGGUAAGAGGUGAAAGAAUAGCCCAAUUUAACAGACUGAUACAGAUAGAGAACCAGCUUAAACUGGAGGGUAAACUAGCAUACCAUGGGGAAAAUGUGUUUCCUCACAUAGCUCCCCCACCCCUGCCCGAGCCUGAAGAGGGGGAGGAGGUGCAGGAGGAGGAAAAGAAGGACGACAAAGGCAAAAAGAAAUAGACCAUGUGACACGGAAAUAGAUAUCUUAGACCGCCAUUCCAUGUCGUGUCAACAGAACGUAAAAUUGAUGACAGGUCAUUUUGUGAUGUAUAUGCACCGUAUUCGUGGUAUCCACAGUAAAUGCAACAGACUUGUAUCCCGAGAGAUGUAUCAUUUAUUAAUGUACAACAUUCUGUGAUAUUCCUUAAUUUACAUCAUGUCUCUGUCACAGUGCAUACUGCUAUGUUUAUCUUGUUACAAAAUAAACAUUUCAUUUUCA